AUGAGCUCAACAACUUUCCGUGAAGGUGGCGACGUGGAUCCUUCGUUUUCUUCGCUCAACAACACGAUCCGUUCACCACCAGUAGUGAUGCACAAUGAUCAUCCGGUCCGAGAUGGUCAUAGAACUGAGAGAGUUAUUCCAAAUAUUGUUGCUUCUUCUCGGAUUUUGUCCGAUUCCGAUGUCCAAUAUGAAGCGUUAUAUUCUCAACUUACGUUGAACCAACAUGAAAAAGCCUUGUAUUUAUUCUUUUAUGAAUUGUAUUUAUAUUUCGGAAGUUAUUCUCAAGUGGUAUUGAAAAGUUCAUCAUUAGUGGAAGAAGAACCAGUUUAUUCCACUAACAGGUCAACAACGAAUACCAACAAUCAUAACGACACGGAACAUGUAUCAUCCAAUCCAAAUACUGGUAGUAGUGAAUCUAAUGAUUGGAAAAGGAAAAUACGAAACUUUUUAAGCACUUGUUUAGGACCUCAUCGAGGUUUCAUCUCCUAUUAUUGUUACAUAUUACUAUUUAUUCAAUGGUCUUCUUUGUUUAUGGAUAGUCAUUUACCUUGGCAUCGUUCCAACAAAAAGUUUUUCAUGAUACUCUCUGUAUUGGCUAAUUUCAAAAUUUCAUACUUGUGGGAAGAUGAAACGAAUUUUUGGUGGACUUUACUUGUACCUUUUCUAUUUUCAUGUUUGGUUACUCUUUCUCUUGUGACAUUAUCGUUCAUUUGUUUUCAUUUCAAUUGGAAAUCAUUCAAAAAUUUAAGAGAUGCAAGAACUGUUGCACACUAUUCAAAUAUUGAGGAACACCCACAGGUUCAUUUGCUCAAGGAUCGACGGGAAAAGCUUCGAGUUGCUGCAUUUUGGUUAUUAUUUCAUCUCAUUGAAUUAAUACCAGGUCUGUUUAUACCUGUGUCUCUUGGUUUUUUACAUGCUAUUCGAUCCCUUAACGUUUUUUUAAUGAUUCCUAGUUUAAUACUCAUUUUGCCAUUUCACAUUUUGUCAAUUGUUUAUAUGUUCGUUAUUUAUGAAUGGAGAUUUGAUACUGGAAGUAUAUCUGCAAAGAGUAACACUCGACUGGAUUUGUUUUUAUUUGCUCUUCUCACAGUUUCAUGCUGGAUGCAUUCCAUGUUUCAAUCUGCAAUUACUUUGGUGAUUGUCAUGUUUUCAGAUUUCUUCAUACUUUUAAUUAUUUUAGCAGUGAACAUUUUGUUUGUUUCAUGGUACAAGACAGCUAUGAAUAUUACCAUUACCAUACUCAUAUUCUCAGGAUUGAUCAUAUUAUCCAUUACUUCCAUGCUUUCGGUGUUGAAAGCAUUUAUACCUUCCGCUGACACUAGUUCAGGAUUUUUCAGUGAGAUUACGAUUUCUGCAAGUAUUUUCCUAUGUGUUAUACUUGGCUAUUUUUUCACAAGACUAAGGUUAACAUUUAAUGAAUUGGUCGUUAACGAACAGACAAGAACUGAGCUCUUUUUAAACAGCCACAGAAACACUAUUGUUAUCCCAAGAAGAGACUUUGAGGUUGAAAUGGCAACACGUACUAUUAGCUUUAUUUCUCAUUUUGUAGAAUCAAAAACAGUUGGACAUCCUCCAGCUUCCUCAUACGAAGAAGUUAGAGACAGAUUGAGAGAAAUUCAAGAAAUUGAAAGAGUGGAUGAACUCUUCCAACAAGCGAUGGACUACCAAUUUGAUUUGGCUUACGUAUCACCAUACAUUUAUUUAUCUUAUUCACAGUUCAAAAAACAUGCAAGGGAGGACCCAAGAUAUCUUGACAGUGUGCUUUCUGUGCAGCGUCAUUGUUCCUGGCGAUGGCUUGAUGUACGAUUCAUGUUUUAUGUAAGAACUCGAUUUUGGUUUGAAUGUGAGCUUGUUAAAAAGUUGCAAAGAAUUACACACCGAGGUGCAAGCCAAAUUUGA